AUGCAGAAGGCGGAAAAGACAGACAACCGCCAAUGCUGUGUUUUGAACUGCGGCGCAAGCAGAACCGCAGGUGCUAGUCUUUUCAGCGUACCAUUUGUUUCGUUCACUUUACCGGAAAAGACACUGUUUCGAAGGCUAAAGUGGAUUGAAGUCCUGCAAAAUGUUGCUGAUAUCGAUAUAAAUUCAAAACGAAAAUACGUUUGCAGCAAACACUUUAUAAAAGGAAAACCUGCCAAUUUAUUGGAUCGAUCCAACCCUGAUUGGAUACCUUCAAUCAAUCUUGGAGACAGCAUUGAGGCACCAGUAGAUCGAAAAGCUCCACCGAUCGUAGAAUUUGAAUGCCAUGAAAUGGUAGACUACGCAUACGCUUCAGGGUAUAACGUAAUAGGUGAAAAGAUCAGUUUUAACGACACAGGAGCGACAACAGAAAUGAAUGAAUAUAGAAACGAUUCGACGGACUUGGGCAUCAUAUUGGAUGAAACAGAGCCGGAGAAACCAGACUGUCAUAUUCCAGUCGAAUCUGAUGAAUUUGAUGCAGCAUUGAUUUGUGACUCAGAAACGAAUGACCAUGUAAACUACAUGAGCGGUUCAUCUGUUCUUGGCAUCAAUUCGGAUGACGUGGAGCUUGAAAAUCCGGCCUAUCUUAUUCCAUUUGGAUCUGAUGAUUUCGAUGAGAAUUUGACUUCUGAAGCAGGUGAAUUAUUUAUAUACUUGGUGAUAAUAUUACCUACUGUACACCGUGGCAAACAAACUUAA